AUGAGUCUUUCCCUGGAGGCACUGAACUCGUUUCUUAGAAUGAUUGGACGCACCACAGGCGGUGGCGUGACAAUGGAUGUAGAAUUCAGAGAGACGCUGAAGCAGGCUUUGGUGGCGAUGGAGGAACUUGCGCGGGUGGCGCAGGAGGGGCGUGCCAACUUUGUCGCCGCACCCGUCCUGUCUGCUCUUCUCAGCGCGUUUUAUGUUAAAAAGACUCGUGUGGUGGGGGCCGCCCUGUCUGUGCUGCAGCAGUUGAUUCACGACUGCCGCAUCUCCUACGACACACCGAUUAUAUUAUAUCAGUAUCAGCGAAAUAAACAGGCGCUGCGCUGUGGGGAGGCUUUGUUUUGUGCUGUAGAUGACUUUCUCGUCAACACCGCCGACGCGGCGUUGCAGCUGAAAGGCUUGGAGGUCCUCCAUGAUCUUGUGAGUGACGACAACUUUGCUUACCUCACUGGAAGUUGCGUUACCCGCUGUGUGCGGACAUGCUACCAGGUGACGCUGCAGAGCUCGAACGAGGCCGCAAGAAUUAUUGCGCGUGAUGUGUUUGUUCUUUGCGUUCUUCGAGUGACGAGGGCCUUUGUGGAGGCCACACCAUCGGAGCGUCGAUGCGGUAC